UGGUCCGGGCGGAAGUGGGGCAGGCGGGCGGGAGCGAGGCGUCGCCGUUGUAUAUUCAUGAGGCGCGCGCAGCCCGGCAUACUAAUGAGGCGGGGCGCGGCGGCGGGCUGAGGAGGGAGCUGUUGGGCGGCGGCGGCCGGUCGGGAGCUGCCCGGCGGAGCUGCCCGGCGGGAGCGGCGUAGGCGCGGGGUCAUCUGCCAGCGCGAACCUGGACAUGGAGCCGCUCGGCGGGGGCCAGGGUCCCGGCCGCGGGACCCGGGACAAAAAGAAGGGCCGGAGCCCGGACGAACUGCCUGCGGCGGGCGGCGACGGCGGCAAAUCCAAGAAAUUUACUCUGAAGCGGCUCAUGGCAGAUGAGCUGGAGAGAUUUACCAGCAUGAGAAUUAAAAAGGAGAAGGAAAAGCCCAAUUCUGCUCAUAGAAAUUCUUCUGCAGCAUAUGGGGAUGAUCCCACAGCACAGUCAUUGCAAGAUGUUUCAGACGAGCAAGUUCUAGUACUCUUUGAACAGAUGCUGCUGGAUAUGAACCUUAAUGAGGAGAAACAGCAACCUUUGAGGGAGAAGGAUAUUAUCAUCAAGAGAGAGAUGGUGUCCCAAUACUUGCACACCUCUAAGGCUGGCAUGAGCCAGAAGGAGAGUUCUAGGUCUGCUAUGAUGUACAUUCAAGAAUUGAGGUCAGGCUUGCGGGAUAUGCCUCUGCUCAGCUGCCUAGAGUCCCUUCGUGUCUCCCUCAACAACAACCCUGUCAGCUGGGUGCAAACAUUUGGUGCUGAGGGUCUGACCUCUUUAUUGGACAUCCUUAAACGACUCCAUGAUGAGAAAGAGGAGACUGCUGGAGGCUAUGAUAGCCGUAACAAGCAUGAGAUCAUUCGUUGCCUGAAAGCUUUUAUGAACAACAAGUUUGGAAUCAAGACCAUGCUGGAAACAGAAGAAGGAAUCCUGCUGCUGGUCAGAGCCAUGGAUCCUGCUGUUCCCAACAUGAUGAUUGAUGCAGCUAAGCUGCUUUCUGCUCUUUGUAUCCUACCACAGCCAGAGGACAUGAAUGAAAGGGUUUUGGAGGCAAUGACAGAAAGAGCUGAGAUGGAUGAGGUAGAACGCUUCCAGCCAUUGUUGGAUGGAUUAAAAAGUGGGACCUCCAUUGCGCUCAAGGUGGGAUGUCUACAGCUGAUCAAUGCUCUCAUCACACCAGCUGAAGAACUUGACUUCCGAGUUCACAUCCGAAGUGAACUGAUGCGCUUGGGGCUGCAUCAGGUGUUGCAGGAUCUUCGAGAGAUUGAAAAUGAUGAUAUGAGAGUGCAACUAAAUGUGUUUGAUGAGCAAGGGGAAGAGGAUUCCUAUGACCUGAAGGGACGGCUGGAUGACAUUCGAAUGGAGAUGGAUGACUUCAGUGAAGUUUUCCAGAUUCUCCUAAACACAGUAAAGGAUUCAAAGGCAGAGCCACACUUCCUGUCCAUCCUGCAGCACUUACUCUUGGUCCGAAAUGACUAUGAGGCUAGACCGCAGUACUAUAAGCUGAUUGAAGAAUGUAUUUCUCAGAUAGUUCUGCACAAGAAUGGGGCUGAUCCUGACUUCAAGUGCCGGCACCUCCAGAUUGAUAUUGAGGGGUUGAUUGAUCAAAUGAUUGAUAAAACAAAGGUGGAGAAAUCUGAAGCCAAAGCUACAGAGUUGGAAAAAAAGCUGGACUCAGAGUUAACAGCACGACAUGAGCUACAGGUAGAAAUGAAAAAGAUGGAAAGUGACUUUGAGCAGAAGCUCCAGGAUCUUCAGGGAGAAAAGGAUGCCUUGGAUUCUGAAAAGCAGCAGAUAGCCACAAAGAAACAGGACUUGGAAGCAGAGGUGUCUCAACUCACAGGGGAGGUUGCCAAGCUUUCUAAGGAACUGGAAGAUGCCAAGAAAGAAAUGGCUUCUCUCUCCGCUGCCGCUGCCGUUACUGCUGUAGCCCUUCCUAGCAGUGCUCCUGUCCCCCCCACCCCUCCUUUACCUGGUGACUCUGGCCCUGUUACUCCACCCCCAGCCCCUCCUUUACCGGGGGUGGUUAGCAUACCCCCACCAGCUCCUCUUCCUGGAGGUGGUACCAUUCCUCCUCCACCACCUCCCCCUCCUUUGCCUGGGGGUGUUUAUAUCCCCCCACCCCCUCCUUUGCCUGGAAGUACUGUUGAUAUCCCCCCACCCCCUCCUUUGCCUGGGGGUGCUGGCAUCCCCCCACCCCCUCCUUUGCCUGGGGGUGCUGGCAUCCCUGUACCCCCUCCUUUGCCUGGGGGUGCUGGCAUCCCCCCACCCCCUCCUUUGCCUGGGAGUGCUAGUAUCCCUGUACCUCCUCCUUUGCCUGGGGGCACUGGUAUCCCCCCACCCCCUCCUUUGCCUGGGGGUGCUGGCAUCCCCCCACCCCCUCCUCCCUUACCUGGAGGAAUAGGAAUGCCCCCUCCUCCUCCCCCUCUUCCUGGUGGUCCUGGAAUCCCUCCACCCCCUCCAUUUCCUGGAGGUCCUGGAAUCCCUCCACCUCCACCUGGAAUGGGUAUGCCUCCACCUCCCCCUUUUGGAUUUGGAGUUCCUGCAGCCCCAGUUCUGCCAUUUGGAUUAACCCCAAAGAAGCUUUAUAAGCCAGAAGUGCAGCUCCGAAGGCCAAACUGGUCCAAGUUUGUUGUUGAGGACCUGUCCCAGGACUGCUUCUGGACAAAAGUGAAGGAGGACCGUUUUGAGAACAAUGAACUUUUCGCCAAACUUACUCUUACCUUUUCUGCCCAGACCAAGACCAAGAAGGAUCAGGAAGGUGGAGAAGAAAAGAAAUCUGUGCAAAAGAAAAAAGUAAAAGAGUUAAAGGUGUUGGAUUCAAAGACAGCCCAGAAUCUCUCCAUCUUUCUGGGUUCAUUCCGCAUGGCCUAUCAAGAGAUUAAGAAUGUCAUCCUGGAGGUGAAUGAGUCUGUUCUCACCGAGUCUAUGAUCCAGAACCUCAUUAAGCAGAUGCCAGAGCCAGAGCAGUUAAAAAUGCUUUCCGAACUGAAGGAUGAAUAUGAUGAUCUGGCUGAGUCAGAGCAGUUUGGUGUGGUGAUGGGCACUGUGCCCCGCCUGCGGCCUCGCCUCAACGCCAUCCUCUUCAAGCUACAGUUUAGUGAGCAAGUGGAGAAUAUUAAGCCAGAGAUUGUUUCUGUGACUGCUGCGUGUGAGGAGUUACGAAAGAGUGAGAGCUUCUCUAAACUCCUGGAGAUUACGUUACUUGUUGGAAACUACAUGAAUGCUGGCUCCAGGAAUGCCGGUGCUUUCGGCUUCAACAUCAGCUUCCUCUGUAAGCUUCGAGACACCAAGUCCACAGAUCAGAAGAUGACACUGUUGCACUUCUUGGCUGAGUUGUGCGAGAAUGACCAUCCUGAUGUCCUCAAGUUUCCAGACGAGCUUGCCCACGUGGAGAAAGCCAGCCGAGUUUCUGCUGAAAACUUGCAAAAGAACCUAGAUCAAAUGAAGAAACAGAUUUCUGAUGUGGAACGUGAUGUUCAGAAUUUCCCAGCUGCCACAGAUGAGAAAGACAAGUUUGUUGAAAAAAUGACUAGCUUUGUGAAGGACGCACAGGAACAGUAUAACAAGUUGCGGAUGAUGCAUUGUAACAUGGAGACCCUCUAUAAGGAGCUGGGAGAGUACUUCCUCUUUGACCCCAAGAAGGUGUCUGUGGAAGAAUUCUUCAUGGAUCUGCACAACUUUAAGAAUAUGUUUGUGCAAGCAGUCAAGGAAAACCAGAAGCGGCGGGAGACAGAGGAAAAGAUGCGGCGAGCAAAACUAGCCAAGGAGAAGGCAGAGAAGGAGCGGCUGGAGAAGCAGCAGAAGAGAGAGCAACUCAUAGACAUGAAUGCAGAGGGCGAUGAGACAGGUGUGAUGGACAGUCUUCUGGAAGCUCUGCAGUCAGGCGCAGCAUUCCGACGGAAGAGAGGACCCCGUCAGGCCAACAGGAAGGCUGGGUGUGCAGUCACAUCUCUGCUAGCCUCGGAGCUGACCAAGGAUGAUGCCAUGACUACUGUUCCUCCUAAGGUUGCCAAGAACAGUGCGGGAGUCCCCACAAUCCUUGAAGAACCCAAGGAGCUGGUUGGCCGUGCAAGCUAAGCUGGGUCUUAUGGCCCCAGCAGCUUCCUUAGUGGAGCCCCAGACUGUCUUGCCCUGCAGCAUGUGCCUAAAGGGUCACGGAAAUAUUCCUCUGGGGUGGCUGCUCCCACUACCUUGACCCUGUCUUACUCUCUGGCCUGCUGCUCUCUGUACAUCACACACAGCUUCAGCUGCCCGGAGGCCAGUAGGAAAAGGCAGUGUGGGGAGGCCUGAGCCCAGCCCGCCCUGGCUGUUGUAUUACCAAAGCAGGCUCCGUGUUUGCUGCCUUAACCCCAGCGGUCUUCUGUCACUCUGAGGCCUUGUCUCAGACCAGGCCCCACCUGCUUUCUCAACCCUUGCCUUUCCAGUAGGCUUUCACUUUGGUCAAUCUUGCUGGGUUCGUGCUUUUCUUUUGUGGUUUCUCUAGCCCUGAGAACAGCAUGGGGCUUGUGAACCUUUAGGCUGUAUCCCUCCUUUCAUCGCUGUCACCUCUGCUCUGCUUUUCCCUCUCCCGGUUACUGUUAUUUAUUACUAGUGGUGUGACACUGGGAGCCGUGCCCAGAGAAGUGGGGAGGCAAACCCCACCCUCCCCAAACCUUCCUGGGAAGGGCCUCCCAAAACAAAAAGGACCUGGACCACUUGAUCUGUUCCACGAUGGCCUAGGCCAGAGCCUGUGGGCAGGCAGGAUAUAGAGACAUUGUGGGACCUGUCCCCAGCCUGCUGCCAUGUUUUAUGACCCUGCCUCUGUGAACCUUCUACACCUGCCCCAGGCUACUGAGCCAUGGUCUCUCCUCACAUCUUCCCCGGAGCUUUGGUGCAUCUCCUCUGGAGUAUGGGCUUUAUUGUGACCAUCCCAACACCUCACCCUCUGUCUCCAAGGAAAUGGGAGGUGGAGCCUCCUGGCUGAGAAAUUGUUUUGCAAAUGGAUCUAUUUUUAUAUGAGAUUUUUUUUUAAGAGAAUAACUAUCCCUUCCCCCUUUCCCCUCCAUAAUGUAAGAGACUUUGAUGGCAGGUCCUGGUGUCCCUGGGGUUUCUCCCCACAGGCCUCAGUCCUGAACAACACCCUGGACCUCCACCUCCACCCUAAAGCCUUCUGGGCCCUUGAAGUCCAGUGCAGAUUCUCUCUCCCAUCAUCUAGUUCUGGGGCAGGAGGAGCUCUUCUCUGGUAGAGGUGGACCAGGCCUCAGUGGUGGGAGCUCUGAGACCACAGAGUUUUUAAUAAAAAUUUAAUAUAUUUAUCAAGCCAAAUGUGCAAAUGCUAACUGGACACUGGGCACGCCAGACUGUUCAGAGGCCCUGGCUCCAGGAAGCUCAGAUUCUCUGGCUCAGGGUGACACUUUGCCCUCCUUUGCUUUUAGCUUCCACCCCCAGGUAGGAGAGAGAAUGACACUGCUCAGGCUUGACUCAGAAUUAAAGUUGUUGGAGCAAAGGGGGGAACGCAGGAGACCUGAGGCUUCCUGCAGGGAGGCCUUCAGGCCAGGAACAAAGGUUCCGUUUGCUACAGCUGUCUGUGUGUGAAGGGGCAACAGCAUCUCCUUUGGGGGGGAGGCUGCUCCCCUGGGUCCCCUCCUCUUCCCUGCUGACAUCUGGGGCUUUGACCCUUUCUUUUUUAAUCUACUUUUGCUAAGAUGCAUUUAAUAAAAAAUUUAAAAAGACAAAAUGCAAACCUGUUUCCCUUGCCUCUUGGGCUUCUGGGAUGUCAUCACCUCCAGUUUGUUGGGUUUGUUUCCAACUGUUAAUAAAGCAUUGAAACAGUA